GAACAGCGCGACUUGCAGUUUAGCACACUGGUGGAAUUAACAGAGAAUAUUCGGCGUUUUAUUGAAAGUUAUGGAGGAAGUAAUUAUCCCGAAUGUAGAGAAGAUUGCACGAAUCACAACGAAAACCAUUGACAGAUUUACAAAUCUCGCGGAGGCGAUAUCUGUGACAGAGGAGGGGAGGAGUUGUACUCAGAAUGUCUCCAAAUUAUCGGUUUGUCGGACGAUUAUGAUGGAGCUGAAUUCCACAAAAACUGAUUAUGACGGCUUGUUUGACGUCCUAGAGAACGUCAUCCUUACACUGGUAGCAGACGGAUUUUCAGGAUGUUGUCAAACGAAACAAACAAAAUUACCGAAUUUAACGGCGAUGCAGAAACAGGCUCUUCGCAAAACUGUGACAUUUGACGAAUUAUUGAUCAAAGAGCUGAUCAGUCAGGAAAACAAUCUCCGGAAGUUGGUCAAGAAACACAAGAAAAUCAUGGCUGAUACCGAAAUGUACAAACGGGCGAGCGCCAAGCACCAAAACAAAUUGGCGGCCAUUUUAUAUCGACUACACGAAUCCGGUCCGAUGAAGAAGAGGCUGUUAUUCUUCCUACAGAUGAAGAGAAACCGGAUCCAGAAGGAGCUGGUCAGGACCAAGUCGGCUUGUCGUACUAUCGCCGAUCUGGAGCGGGACACAAGGUCUCAAAUUCAGAAAGUCAGUAGAAGUAUCAUACGUGUGGUAUCAGACAAGAUUUGUGGUCGUCUUCAGUACGGCAUAGAAAGCUACCUUUAUGAGGUCAUCAGCAAGAUGCACGAACAUGAAAAGUAAGUAUAAUCAAAGUACUGGAUACUACAG